GAAAAGAAAAAUAAAACAAAAUUUAUCUCUCUCGUUACUGUCUAAACUAAAGCCACCCUACUCGGCCAAAGUCUCUCUCUCCCAUUCCAUUUCUUCAUCUUCUCAGUUGGAGAAAUCCAAGAGAGUGAAACCGAUUGUUGUCGAUCAAAGGCGCUGCCGGAUUUCAGAUUUCAAUACAACAUUCGGAUCAGAAUAAUGUGGCGAAGACUCGCGGUUCAGCUACGAACUCUCGGCCCGGCCCGAUGCGCAUCCAGCCCGGUCCGAUGCGCCGCCGCAUCUUCGGUCGCUCCAAGGAGUCUCCCCCGACCAGCCGGCGGCUCCUCUCACCAUUUCUCUACAUCUGGGACUGCGUCUGCAUUAAGAGUAGAGGAUGUAGUGCCCGUGCCCAUCGCCACUGGUCAUGAGCGAGAAGAGUUGGAAGCUGAGCUUCAAGGAAGGGACAUUCUCGAAAUCAACCACCCAUCGGGUCCCUUUGGAACGAAGGAAGCCCCUGCCGUGAUUAAGUCUUAUUACGACAAAAGAAUUGUGGGAUGCCCUGGUGGUGAAGGAGAGGAUGAGCAUGAUGUUGUUUGGUUUUGGCUAGAGAAGGGCAAGCCACAUGAAUGCCCAGUAUGCUCACAGUAUUUUACGUUGGAAGUGGUAGGCCCGGGCGGACCACCAGACGGACAUGGAGAUGAAGAUGAUGAUGGUCUUCUUCACUAAAAGCUAGUCGGCAAAUUUGCUGCCAGAAUAAGAUCUGGUGACAGGAUGAGGAGUUCUGUAAUAUUCUUCAGGUUUUGAAGCUCAUUGGUUUUCAGAACGAACUGCUUUCACUAUGGCGUUGUUGCUUUGGCAACAAUUGAACCCUAUCUCUCCUCGCCUUCGUUUUUUGGAUUUACAACAUGGGAAGUUGAUCCAUAGAAAUUAUGGAUUUCAAACCAUUGAGGAUACAAUAAUUGUUGACAACAUUUAGUUCAGUCUAGUUACAUUUUCUUGUUCUGCUCUUCUGCAGAACUUUCAGAUGCCACACUUGAUAUCCAAUAUCUUUUUUUUUGCAAUUUAUUUUUCAAGUUCCAUA